UAUCUAGCGAUUCUGUCAAAGUAAUUAGCCCGCAGUGCCCCGCACCUACCUGCGCAUGCGCCUAACUAUUCCGGUCGAAGUUUCGUUUCGUGAACUUCGCACCUGACACAUUCAGAUGAUUCCAAUGGACAGCGUACUUUAAUGCAAAUAAGAUGUAUCGAAAACGCGUCGAAUUCAAGCAGGAAAAGAAGAACAAAUCUAAAACAGUUCACACUGACGACGAUCAAGCAACUGAGGAAGAAAUCAAUGUUCAGGACGAGCCGCAUAUGCUGGACUCAUCGAAGCGGGUGAACGAGAAAAAGAAGUCCGCCAAACAAGCGCACAUCGCUUUUCUACCUGAGAAAUACCAACCGCUGGUUGAGGACGAUACUGACCCACCACGAGAUGACCAUAUAAAGAAAAAACACGACAAAUAUAAAAAAUUAAGAAAAAAUAUGGGGAAAGCUCUCCGUUACAGCUGGGAGUGUCUGGUGGUUGGACUGCAGAAUUUAAGCACAGCCUAUUCUAUGCCGCUGGGUGCCACUGCCACAAUAGUGCCAGACAUCCACAGAGCCAGAGCUCAAGUCUGACAUGUGACUCAAGAUGAGCCGGUUACAUCAGAGGAGUACAGUGAUUAAUGUUGGAGCUCUAUUUUUACUACAGCCACUACAGGAACUUUAAUAUCAAUAGUGUGCAACAGGCGUAUUUUUAUUUAUGUGACACUGUUGUCGAGAGAGAAAUACAUGGAGGAGACUAAACGUGGAGUGUUCUCCAUGAGAAGACAGAUGUAGGGAGUGAAUAGGGAUGUUGAACAGGCAGAACGAAGCGUGUUAUGAAAGUACAUUACCAGAAGCUAUAUUGUUUCUAAAAAUUUAAUUACUCUUUUGAAUGUUAGAAAUACAUUUUAUGUGCACACUGUAAAUGUGAUUAAGAAGCACAGUUCGCACUAUUCUACACUGAAAAAAUAGUUUCAUUCAUCCAAAUAAAAAAAAAAAAUGAGGGUAAUGAUUCACAUCUAUAUUUUAUAACUUGAACCAAUGCAAAAUAAAUAACUUGCCCUAAACAAUAUAAGAUAUAGAUUUAAACAAAACAAAGUUCUCAUUUAAGAAAAUAAUUUGUAUAGUUUUUAUAGACAUAGAAAAUAUUAUUUUUUACUUUUAUUGUUACCCAAAACAUUUUUAAUUGGAUGAAUGAAAACAUUUUCAGUGUUAUUUCCAAGUUAAAUCUAUAUCAGUUUAUUUAUUUAUUUUUCCAAUUUUUUAAACUAGAAAAUUAAGAAAAAAGCAAACAAAUAAAGGAACAUUCAUGCAAUUUUCUGUUUUAUUUUAAUUACAUUCCAAAUUUAAUUUAAAAACGCAACAUAACGAUGAAUGAAUUUUUAUCUGAAAACAUUUCCCCAUAAAACAUGAACUAGUGUAACAAACUAACAUAAAACAGUUUAUCUCAGGCAUCAAAACUACUGAAUUUUAGGUGCUAACUCACCUUUUCCGAGGUUGAGCAUUACCUGCUGAUUGACACAAAUUUGUCUGAGGCCUGAGAUCGAUCGGAUCAUCCAUUACAAAGUGUUCUUCCAAUGAUUCCCACUCUAGAUGGGUUAGAUGUGGACUUGCUUGAUCAACACUGAGAAUUCUUACUGAAGUCUGUCUUGUUAGCUGCAUCCAAACAGAGGAAGAAACAGAUUGAUGAAGACAUUACUGUAUCAAGCCAUGCUGUUGUCAAAUACUCAAGAUCAUAUGCUGUGUUCACACUAUGUUCUACUUCAAGCUGCUGUUCAUGUCCUUGGACCAGUAACUGUGCGUUUCUAUGGCAACACUAUCGACGCCUAAAUUAAUCUGCAGCAGUCAGGUACAGUCACGUGAUACAAGUAGAAACUCACCGAAAAUUCCAAGAUUACAGAUGGUAAUUAUGAGUUCUACAAGGACUUGAAUUCUUUUUCCAAGUUGGAAUCUUGUAAUUAUGGCAAAUUCAACAAGAGAUGAAUGCACUUACACAUACCUGGUUUACUGUAAAAAAUGGGUGGUGAUGUGGGUGAUGUCAGGCUUGUCAUUGACAACUUUUCUUUGAAGAUCAAACAUUAAAGUUACAGUCUAUAUAGUGGCAUCUGACUUCGGGUUGAACAUUUAAUAGUGCCGUGUACCUGUCGAUAAAGUGAUCCU